AUGACGGUAACGCGAAACAGAGUCAUGUUACGAGCUAUAGAGACUUUCAUUUUCCUGCUGAGGAUAAAGGUAGGUAAACAUAUUCCUUUGUUUCCGUUUGUUGUCGCCGAUUUCUUCUGUUCAGUGAACAGCGCUCUACAGACAUACGGAAUACCCCUAUCGAAUACUCAGAUCCACCACUUGUUCCAGAAAGCAAUGUUUUAUUUUGGUUUAUUAUAUUUUUUUACUGGGAUGUACAUUAACAACCGAUCUGACAGUCUGCUGAAGUCACUAAGGAGAGAGAAAGAAGGCACAUAUCAAACUCUAAGAGGAUUCCUAUUCGAGUAUGUCUCUGGUUGCAACUUUCUGGGAGAAAUCGUGAAGUGGAUCUGGUUUUCUGUGGCGUGUUGUAACCUCCCCUUUUUGGCCUUUGCUGUAUUUACUUUGUGUAAUAUCGGCCCUUGGGCUUACCAUCACCACAGAUUUUAUCGGGAGAAAUUUGAGGAUUAUCCAGAAGACAGAGAGGCUCUGAUUCCGUUUCUUCUUGAAGACAGGCUUUCAACUUCAAAAUCAAAGGGAUCAUACAAUAAAUAUACUUACAUUUCAGGGCUUGUUGCUCAAAGACCAAUUUCUGGUUUAUGUCAGCCUGUCCAAGGAAGGAAGUCCACACCAUAG